AUGAUUGUUCUGCUGAUUGCCCUGCCGAACGAUCCAAACACUGCGCUGCGGUGGAAUUCGAGUGCCGUCACGGGUCACGUGCAACGAACCUCCGUCUCCGUUGAACCGCAGAGCCCUCCGUCUUCAGAUCCGAUUCGAGAUUGGCGUUUUACCAACAACAGUCAUUUUCAGCACACAUCAUGGCGGGCCACUCCUCCCACCCUAUCCACAUCCACCCGGUCCGACCGCUCUACCGCUUCACUGCGACUGCAUUGGGCGCUAGCAUGUGGUUCUUCCUCAUGUACCGAGCCAAGAAGGAUGGUGCCGCUCUGUUGGGCUGGAAGCACCCUUGGGACCACUGAUCCGAUUACAAUCGUCGAUUUCGUUUUCUUGCGCAACCGCUUCGCCUCUCAUGGCAGCGGUGAUGGUUGGGCUGCAUUGCGUACUAUGUACUUGGAGUGGGAAGAGAGGAACAGAGAGCCGGGUGUUACCGAGGCGCAUGUCGAAAGCCACAAGUGUCAGGUUCACGAUAGCCAUUUACCAGCCGAAUUGUAUCAUACCCUUUCUUUUUCAAUUUUCUAA